CUUAACAAAAAAUAUUAUUACACUUAGCCCCAUAUGUUUACCGUUUCCUUGGUAACAGGACUUAAAGUGGCAAGAAAGAGGGAAAAUGCAGUGUUUACAAAUUAUGAUCAAUUAUGUCUAAUAAAAAGAAAAUGAUAUAGAUAUUCAGACAUUUAAAACUUUUUUCAGUUUAAAAAAAACAAAUAAAAAUUGUGUUCAACAGUAAACUUUCUUAAAAAAAAUCUAUAUAGCUAAAAUAGGGUAAAAAGUGCAAUAAAAGGGGGGUUUUAGAGCCUAUUUUGAUCAGGUGUUGUAAAAAAAUGCAGCCAUUUCUUAUAUUGUUGAUUAUAUGAAUAGAGAGAAUGGAUUAAGGUUAUACAAGAAAAGAAUAAAAAUCAGUGGGCAAACUUGACUGUGUUGAAAUUAAUUGACCCUGAAAAGUUGAGUUGUCCUGUAUUUACCUAAUCAAAUUACCUCCCUUUACGGAGUUCUCUUGUAGAGAAACAAAUUAAAAACAGGAGGGAAAAUGUAAACAAAUGCAGACAACAAUGUUAUUUUGCGAAUUUCUGAAUGUUUUAUAUUCAAGCAUAAUGGGAAAUGGGUAAAUUUUUCACAGUGAUGUUAGCCUACACUUAUAUAUAUGGUUAAGUUGGUGUGAUUUGCUCAUAUUUUGAAAAUAUUGUCAGAACAAUGGAACUGUGUCUGUACUAAGACAGUGUAUUUUAUAGUUUAUUUUGCUUACCGUAACUAACUUUUUUAAUGUAUUUAUUUAUAUAAUCUUCGAACAAUUGUUAUAAAAUGUGUAGCAUAAAAGAUUUCGUAGGCAAUUGUGGCAACUGCAGUGACGACAGGUAUUUUUGAAAAUGCUUCCAUUGGAAAAAGAGACAUGUAUAAAUUUUUGUCAGAAUUUUUUUUACUUAAAUCUGACAUUACAUUGUACGUCACAACUGAGGAUCUGUGAUAUUCAUAGAAAUAUUAUCAUCGAAACAACUAACAAGAGAUAUAGAAGGAAAAAUUGUGGUGUGCCUUCAGAAAAUGUCAUUUUGAAAUAUCAUAAUACUACAAAAGCAGUGGAUCGACAUGUUACACCCGAGAUGUUUCAAAGAAUUGUUACAAAGACAGGCAUUUUCAUUCCUAUUGGAACAUGCACUUGAUAAAGUACCAGGGAAGCGUUACAGGGUGAAGGUUGUUGACACAAAUCUUGAUUUAGAUGUAACCAAGAAUAAGGAAACAAUAACCAAUAUUACAAGUUUUUACAACUUUAGAUUUAAGAGCAGUCAUUUGAGGAUGUGGCAGACAUACAAUAUUGAUGAAGGAAAGCUUGUGACUUUAAAAUCAACAAAGAAUUCUGUGCAGUUAAAAGUACUCAAUGACUGGACAGAGAUGUCUUUUAAUGACCUCAUUACUGAAGGAACAGAACAGGCUUCAAAACAACAGAAGCAGACAUUCAUUUGGCUGCAUUCAAGAGUUCAAGAACCAGAUUAGUCUUGAUCAACACUUCCUUCAAGUCAGCUGUGAAUAUAAGCUAGAGAAAGGCCCAUUAAAAGAUCAGGCAAAAGUUCUAUAUGCCCAAAAGCUGUCAAAUAAUGUACAUCAUUGUCCUGAUAUGCAAGCAGUCUUACUAGAAAAUGCAUGUACUACAGACUUGAGUGCCAAAGAAAUGUGACGGGCAUUGAAAGUGAAAAAGAAAACGAUUUUCUUUAGCAUCAAACAGAAAGAAUUCAUGACGGAUUUAUUUUAUUUAUCUUGAAAGGAUGCAAGAAGCAGCCAUAUUGGAUUCAACGACAUUAUAUUUUCCCAAUAAAUAGGCGAAAUAGAAAAAAAAAACGCCUACCUUAAACUACUUUUUAUAGCUUAUAUCCAAAUUUGAAGCAUAAACAAAGCCCCAAAACAUACUAUGUUACAGUUUUACACUUGAAGUAUUCAUAUGACGUCAUGAUGUUGCUAUGAAGUUUAUGUGUCAAAGAAGUCAACAACAUUUUGUGGAAUUUUUAUUUUAAGCAACUAUAUGUCCAAAUAAAAAACAGAAACAAUAUCUUUAUUGACUAUUGCAUUAGAAUGGAUAUAACUGUAUUUUAUUUUAAGGUUUGUGGACGUAAAUCUAGAUUUUACUGUUGCAAUUAUUCGUUUACCUAGCUCUGCUACAGGUCGCUAGGUAAACUCAAUUUGCGACAGUAAUAUCUACGUUUUAUGUCCGUAAAUGUCAAAAUACAAUACAGUUAUCUCCUAAAUUACCUACACAUGAUUGCACCAAUAUGAGUUUAAUAUAAUGAAAUUUGCAUGUACUUAGAAGGUGUUUUACUUUAUUUUAAAUAUUUAAGUCGGACCAGCAUUUUACCCACAUUGCUUUAUAAAUAGCAAACUUUGUUGAUCUGUAUCAGUUAAAAACUAAUAUGCACAAUCAGUUCUUUCUUCCCUCUGUAUUCAAUUACAAAAUUAAAUCUUUAAAAAUGUAAAGAUACAUACUUAAUUUUAGAAAGAAAAAAAAAUUGUAA